AAAAGUUGAUUUGGUAUGGAUAUGAGGAUAUCGUUCGGAGUUUCAACAAGAUUUCACGUCAUAAACCUUGCCCGAUUAAUGGAUCUUCCACCAAUCGCCGAACGUCAAGUCCUGCUAAUGACCAUUAAUUUGCGGCUAAUUUUGCUGUUCUGUCAAUCGCAAAGCGAACCUAGACAUGGCUUUUGGUUCCAUAUCCAUAUCCAUCCAUGACAGCGCAGCGCAUUAAACCAUCUCAAUCACUUGCCUUUUCUGGUUCAUCUCCGUUGUUUAAUGUGCUUUUUAGGUUCUUCAGCUCCUUCUCUGUUGCAGAAACGCUUUGUCGUCGUCGUCGAGGUUGGUGAUAAAAUCAGAUCGAUAUCCAAAAUUUACUCAUCCAAAACCAGAGAAGAGACCAGGCUCGGCGAGGGAAAGGGGACUUACUGGAUGCAAUGGAGGGUGGAAUUCACAAAGCGGAGAAAACUGAGUUUAAGGAAUGCUUAAAUUUGACAUGGAAGCAACCAUAUAUACUUCGCCUUGCAUUUUCCGCUGGCAUAGGUGGCUUGCUUUUUGGCUAUGAUACAGGUGUUAUAUCUGGAGCUCUUCUUUACAUUAGGGAUGACUUUAACUCUGUUGAUAGAAGCACUGUAUUGCAGGAAACCAUUGUGAGCAUGGCCGUGGCUGGAGCUAUUAUCGGUGCUGGAUUUGGUGGAUGGUUGAAUGAUCGAAUCGGAAGAAGACCUUCAAUUAUAUUUGCUGAUUUGUUAUUCUUCAUCGGUGCUCUAGUAAUGGCUGUUGCACCUACUCCUGGAAUCAUAAUACUGGGGAGGAUCUUUGUGGGAUUUGGGGUUGGGAUGGCUUCUAUGACAUCUCCACUUUACAUUUCUGAAGCUUCGCCGGCAAAAAUCAGAGGCGCACUCGUGAGCAUGAAUGGACUACUUAUAACAGGAGGACAAUUUGUAUCUUAUCUUAUAAAUUUAGCAUUCACCAAGGCACCAGGUACUUGGCGCUGGAUGCUUGGGGUUGCAGGAAUUCCAGCCGUACUUCAAUUUUUCUUAAUGUGGUCACUCCCUGAGUCGCCUAGAUGGCUAUAUAGAAAGGAUAGGAAAGAGGAAGCUGCUGUUAUCUUGAGAAAGAUAUACCCUGCCAAUGAAGUUGACAGAGAAAUUGAGGCUCUGCGUCAAUCCGUCGAAGCUGAAAUCGCCGAGGAAGGUUCUAUCGGUGGAAAUAGCUUCUUCGGUAGGUUAAAGAAAGCUUUGAGUAGCGUAGUUGUCAGAAGAGGGCUUGUUGCAGGCAUCAUUUGCCAGGUCGCUCAGCAGUUUGUGGGAAUCAAUACUGUCAUGUAUUACAGUCCCACCAUCGUGCAGUUGGCUGGCUUUGCUUCCAACAGUACUGCUCUGGCACUUUCUUUGAUUACCUCCGGACUCAACGCCAUUGGAUCCAUCGUCAGCAUGUACUUCGUCGACAGAGCUGGGAGGAGAAGGCUACUACUUGUGAGCCUGAUCGGAAUCAUGGUCUGUCUCGCCUGCCUAAGCGGUGUGUUCUUCGCAGCAGCCACACACUCCCCAGCCGUCGGUGAAGAAGAAGCUCGGCCUUUUGGCAAUUUCACAUGUCCUGAUCUUAAGCCAGAUUCAGGCGUGAGAUGGAAGUGUAUGGAUUGCGUGAAAGCGACUGCCGAGUGUGGUUUCUGUGCUCAUGCAGGGAACAAACUUCUUCCCGGAGCAUGCCUCGUCUCCGAUCCCACUGUUCGAGAUGCCUGUCAUGCGGACGGUCGCGAAUGGUACACUCGAGGCUGCCCGAGCAACUUCGGAUGGCUAGCUCUCAUUGCCCUCGGAGCAUACAUCAUCUCUUACUCCCCCGGCAUGGGCACUGUGCCAUGGAUCAUCAACUCGGAAAUUUACCCUCUACGAUUCCGAGGCAUCUGCGGCGGGUUGGCAGCGGUUGCCAAUUGGGUCUCUAACCUGAUCGUCUCGCAGACAUUUCUAAGCUUGACGGAGGCAUUGGGCACGGCUCCAACAUUCCUUUUGUACUGUGGAGUGUCUGUCGUCGCCUUCGUCUUCAUCUUCUUGCUUGUUCCCGAAACCAAAGGCUUGCAAUUUGAACAGGUGGAGAAGAUGCUGGAGAGUAAGAAUUACCGGGCAUGGAAGAAGAGCUCUGCAAAACCUCAGACACUAUGAAUCUUCCAUUCUUGUGUUAAGUGCUUCUGUUGAAGCUGGUGGCGGAGUCAAGUCUAUAUUGAUUUUGUAUUACGUAGAUUAGUAUCAUAAUACAUACAAAAUCAAGGUUUUUGAAA